AUGAAGCCGGCGUGCGAGCGCUUCAAGGCAAAACUUCGGGACUUCCUGCCCCGCAUGUCCAGACCCAGAUGCACCGUCUUCAUGAGCAGCAGGCCCGUUGAUUGGAAUACCGACCCAGAGAUCGUGCUGGAACUUCUGAGCGACGAGCUGGCUUUGCCAGUGAAGUGGAAGGAGUCUGUGGAGGCUAUGAGCAGAGUCGGCCUCGAAGAUCUCUUCGAAUGUGGGCCCUCCAAGGAGCUGAAGGCACCCCGGUGCUGA